AUGUUGAGGGAUGAGUUUGAGAUACUUGUGCCUCACAUUGACUGUGAAAUACACUACCCCUUGGUUUAUGAGCAGAUUUACUAUCAAAUCCGAGUGUCACUGAAACUCUUGAAUUGCAAACAAACCCACAAAAUAGAAGUGAGUAUUAGUGACAACAAGAGUCACUCAACACAUCCACAGAACAACACCUGUUCGACAAGUGGUGGCCAAUCGAGUGGUGGCAGCGGAUCCGCACAGCACUCGCCCAAUGAGUCGUCGAUAGUGUUUCCGCAGUGUAUUGUCAACGGAUGUGCUGUCAGUAAGACAUUUCAGAUCCUAUACAAGAACGAAGAGAUUCUUCUGGACGACUACGUGUCGUUCAAAGUGUCACUGAUAGUCGACUCGCAAGACUGCGUGAAACAGGUCCGCAAAACUAACUUCAUAUUAGAUGUGGAGCUGUGGUUCACGGACCAGGAGUUUGGCGCCGAUCACCACAACUCGAUUGAAUGCGUGUCUUCACGGCAGCUGACCCUCCACUUCGACAUAUGUCGCGGUCUUCACUAUUAUCUUCCAGUGAUGUUCGACUACUUUCAUCUGUCGGCCCUAACCCUCUCCAUCCACGGCUCGCUCAUCACUCUAUGUCAGCCCUACAUCAGCAACAGGAGCUCCAAGUCGGACAAGAAGUUUGGCAACUCAGUUCACGCCACGCCUAUCAACAGCUGUAACUUCGGCUAUGAGGCCAUUGUGUCGAGCGGUUCCAACCAUAACAAGACCAACGACGAGAUCAAAGAGAUUCGUUACCGAAGAGCGCAACUCAUUCACUGGCGACUGACGGCAAUCCUGUUGUCAUCCAUUCAGAGCUUAAAGCGUAAAAUCGAUGAGUACUACGGAAUGCUGGCCCCCUGGCAACAGGUCCGGUGCCAACAACAGCCCAUCACACCAUGUAUUGAUAACUUAAGUAAAUUGGCUCAAGAGUGCUAUAAAUCGAUACUCAUUAACGAAUCCAAUCCGUCAAACGAUUUCAUAUCAUUUCAAAACGACUUAUUUAUUAUCAACGACGCGACCAAACCGGAAGACUUCAUCACAACCGUGGAGAGCGAUAUGGCAUACCUGUGCGGUGUGGCUAUACUCCUGUGGCAGCAAUUCCUGACAGUGGUCUACAGUUCGGACCGCAUUAACGGACACUUAUCUAAAGUACAUCACUCGCAACGAAUCAAACGCUUUUCGGAGGCUUUCUUUUGUAUCGAGAAACAGAAAAAACAUUUGCAUUCAAUAUGUGAUAACAAUACCACUGUUUUCACUGAAGUCAGCGAUUCUAUUCGGAAGUCACCCUAUCUUACACUUCUGCCUCCAUGUGAUGUUGAGUGUGUGGCACUCGAUGGCGAUUCCACAACACUUCCCAUAAUAUAUGAAGAGAAGUUUGACUCGGAAGUGGCGCUAAACAAGAUCUCGACGAUUAGUAACAUUUAUUUUGAGGAUAAUUUUGACAAUUUGCUGCAAUUGAAUGGCGAGUCGUCGACGACAAUGAAGCGUAAUAUGAGAGACAAAAUACUGAACAACUUAUCGCGUCUUAAUUUCGGCACUUAUGGCCGUCUGAAAGAGGAGUACAGUCCUAUCGCCACCAGAGCCUCGAUGACCAACUUAUCGCCGACCAGUGAUCACACAUUUGAAUCUCCUUUAAAGCCACCGAAAUGUGACGCCAAAGAAUCGGUGACUUUAGUUAGCUAUAAGAGUAUUGACCACUCGGUGCAGACCAAACCUCUUGAGCCGACGCACACCCCGACCAAUACCAGUGUCUUAAAUGAGUCGAUGAUUUCCAACUCGUGUUCACUGAAUAACAUAAAAUCCCAAAUUGGCAAAAGGAUGGUCAGCAGCGAAUCAUUGCCUGAUUUAAGUACAAACGAAGUCCUACUCAACCUUAAGAAGCAAAUUCUGUUACACCAAAGCCGUACCCCUACCAGACCUGUCCGACCCCCUCAUCAGUUCCGAGACGGCAAAGACAAGUCUGAACGCAAAAGUGCCGAAGAAUUUCGCGGAACCAUGUAUUUCCCUCGACCCCCCAAACAGUUCACUAUCGACGAGACCGAUGAACCCGAGGAUCAAAACUCUCAAAUCGAAACCAAAGAACUACUCAAUGGAACCAAAUAUGAGUUAAACAAUAAAUUCUCUCAUUUAACCAAAAAUAACAAAAUGAUUGGCGAAGAUCUGAACAUAAAAGAAAGUGAAUACACGAUCGUAGAGCUCUUAAAGUCCAACAAAUGUCUCAUCUGUGGUCAACUCAAGUGCAGCUGUUGUGAUGACUCGGACUGUCUGCCGGCGCUGAGACGGGUGUCGCAGAUUGGAUCAGAUCUCGUGUCCUUCGUUAAGGCCAAAGAGGACUUCCGGCAACAAAUAGCGUCCAAAUCCAACGGUUGGCUUAUUUACAGCGAUUUCCCGAGUCUGGCCUCUCGUAUCCCAUACUUUCAGUGCGACCCAGACUUCCGUGCGUUCAGGUAA